UCCUCGUUCCUGUGUAUGCGUGCGCAGCCUCGGUUGGGGCGUGUUGACGGACCCUCCCACCAGCUGAGUUUAGUGGAAGUCACGCAAGCUCCCCCAAACGUCCUGCGGUCAACUUUACGAAGCGCAGUUUCCUUACGGUUUAGAGAAGAUGUUUCUCUUCAAAGCAGUUCUUGGUGGGAUCAUUGAUGCUGCCAGCAACAUCGACCCAGCCCAGUUUGCAUCCUCUGACCCCCCUCCACAACGCGGGCCAAUCACACAUGCAGCACAGAAUGAGAGUGAAGAAGAGAAGCAGUUCCGCAAAGUCUUCCAGCAGCUUGCUGGAGAGGAUAUGGAAGUGAGCCCCAAUGAGCUGAAGGACAUCCUCAACAGGAUCAUUUCAAAGCAUAAAGACCUGAAGACCGACGGCUUCAGCAUCGAGUCGUGCAGGAGCAUGGUGGCAGUCAUGGAUAGUGACAGCACUGGAAAACUCGGCUUUGAUGAAUUCAGAUAUCUCUGGGACCACAUAAAAAAAUGGCAGGCGGUGUACAAGAGCUACGACAGAGAUCACUCCGGUUCCAUUGAUGCCAGCGAGCUGCCCGGUGCUUUCAAAGCUGCUGGCUUCAAUCUCAAUGACCAGCUGUUCCAGAUGAUCAUUCGCAGAUACUGCGAUGAAAGUGGCAACAUGGACUUUGACAACUACAUCGGGUGCCUCGUGAGGCUGGAUGCUAUGUGCCGUGCCUUCAAAACCCUGGAUAAGGAUAACAACGGGACCAUCAAAGUCAAUAUUAAGGAGUGGCUCCAGCUGACCAUGUACUCUUGAUCUGGAUCAUGUUUCUCCAGCUUCUUUUAUGCAACCACUUUGUUUAUAUACAAAAUACAAGAUAUUUUAAUCAUCAUCCCAACAAAUUACUCAGCAAAUCCCUUGUGUGUGUGCAGGUUUAUUUUGAAUGUUAAUAUAAUCUGUGGGAUUCGUCACAGCUCUUUAAAACUUGCAUGAAAAAUCUGAGAACACUGUCACCAACUAAGAAAAGCUGCAUGCAGAAUUUUUGCUGAGGACGAUCAAAGGUAAAUGCUCCUCGGUGCUCUGCACAGGUAUGAAACCAUCAUGACUCAGGUGUGUAACAAUGGUAGUGUGUUAAGUUGGUGGCAUUUGCUUUUGAUCUGCCUCACGCCCCAAAGGCAAAAUGGCACCAAAAUAUCCUCCUUCUGACAGCCUGUGAAAAAUCUAAUGUGAACGUAGUCAAAUCACAUUUUUACUCUUCGGUUGUUUUCAUUCUUAAACUGUCAGCCAGCUUAAAAAAACUUCUUUUUUUCCCCCAUUUAACACCAAACUUCAUCUGGAACACACCUGCUGGCAGCACAAGUGCCACCUGUGGGUAAAGAUGCCAAAAACCUUCUUCAGUCAACGCUUUAUAUGAACAUGAGUGAACAGCGGUUAACUGUGACGUGGUAGUCCAGGAACCACACAAACAUUUCCAGGUAUUCUACUCCAUUAGAGCCCUCUAGGAAUUAGAUGGGUGUGUGUGCACUGCUUUGUUGACAUCUUUGUCUCUGCUGUUAGUUUCGUUACCUGUUGGGGCAGGUAGGUUAUUUCUUUAGCAAACAUGUAGGUCCUUGACAUUGCAUAAUUUCUCAGGACUGUCGCACCCAGCUUCAUCCUGAGCACAUGACUAACUGUAGUUGCAGCCACACAAAAAGACAAAGGCAGCUAUAAGGAAAUGCAUUUGCACACUGUGCUGAAUGGGGAAUCGCUUUGAAUAUUGCGGCCAGAAGAAAUUAUGUAGAGCCAUAAUUUUUAAGAAAUAAAGACCUUUCUUUAGCUUCUAGAAAAUUUGACCUGUUCUUAUCCUGGCUGCCACUGAUGCAGCUAAACCAGUAGGUGUUUUUAGGUGUUGUGGCUGAAGGCGAGAGAGCCCAUUUAGAGAAAUGUGGCCACAUCUUGUGUAGUCAUGAGUCAUCGGUGUGUGACCAAGCAAACGGGUGCAACAGGAUUAACAGGCCAUCAGUCUGUGCACACCCAUGCAGCUCAGAGAAAGAUGUUUAAGUUUGUAUGUGCACCGUACCCCUGCAGAGACUCUAUCAUGAUAGAAACAACUGCUGUAAAGCUUUAAGAGCUUCAGUCAUGUCUCUGUGAAACAGCUCCACUUCCUCUGACUGCAGAUGAAAAAGUGUUGGCUCACAGAUUCUGGUUAUUGGUUAAAUUAAAAUGAGGCAGAUGUAUGAAUUAUAGUAGGCGUGUGGUUUAAUGAUUUCUACACUCAUUCUCUUGGACUGUUACUGCAGAUGUGUCACUGUAAGGAGUACCUUCUACAGCCACUAGAUGGCUCUGUACUUUCUAAAUAUCUCAAUCCUGGUCUUUCUGUAAAGGUGCCUGCUCUUAAUGCAAACACCCAGCAUACCUAGCUCUAUAUCCCAUCUAUAAUAAUAAUGUGCAGUAAUGUCUGAAGAGAGUGAGUUUUGCUUGGAAGGCUCAUGUUGUGCCAUUUAAUGUUCUUUGCUUGAAGUGAAACUCAGCCAUAGCAUUGCAUGUGUCUCAGCUUCCUGAUCACUUAGCACUGUUUACUUUUUGAAAAUGCCUCCACUAGUGUGUGUGCUGUACAGCUGAUGUGUGUGCCACUAAUGCAUGCAGCCCAUCGUGAAGACGCCAUAGUUAAAGCCACAGCCAUGAAACUGUUAAAUACCUGUGCUAUAUUGGGAAUAAAAACAUUGUUAAAUGUG